UCCGUUCGAUUCGUCACACGGAAAAUCUGUCAUCCCACAGCUAGCUACGUCCUUUUAUUAUUAUAGCGUCCAUCUGGUAAAUGUGACCGUUAAACAAUCCUCAAAUGUGGUGAAAUUGAUCUACUGGUACGGUCCUGCAAGCACAUCAAAGAAAAUGGCGGAAGCUGCAGCCAAAUCUGUACUGGGUACGAUCAGUCGGGGACACCUCGAAUGCCCGAUUUGUUGCUGUCGUUUCACCGAUCCUAAGAUCCUAGACUGUCUGCACAGCUUCUGCCUGAACUGCCUGGAAGAGCUCAUCCGCAUUCAGCACCCCAAGGCAAACGACAUUACCUGCCCAGUUUGCAGACGGGGGACUGCGGUACCAGACACCGGAUUGCAGGAUCUACCCAACUGCUUUUUCCUGAGUUCCCUCGUCGAUGAAUUCAACAAGCAGGAGUGGUUAAUACGAGACGCGCCACCGGAUACUCGUACGUGUGCAGAAUGCGAUGAUGGCUUAGAAGCCGUCUCAAGAUGCUUAGACUGUGACGGAAACAUCUGCCAGAAAUGUCUGUAUAUGCAUCGAAAGACAAAAUGCAAUAGGAGACAUCGGAUCGUCAACUUUGAUCAAACCAAAGUAGAGGUACAUCCCGCGGAAUCUAGGAAGAAAGAUACCCCGCAAUGUAACAAGCACUCUAAUCAGGAACUCUGCAUUUAUUGCGAAACUUGCAAGAUGUUGGCGUGUGCAAAAUGUGCUGCGUUCGAUCAUCGAACAGCGGAGCAUGAAUUCCGAGAAGUCGCAGAUGCCAUACGAUCGCUCCGUCAGGAUGUCGGCGAGAUUCUGCAAAAGUUCGAACAGAGCAGAGAGGAAUUCAAAGUCGCCGACGAUUUACUGACGCAUACCAGGAACAGGUUGAGAAGCAUGGUAUCUCGGGCUUGUAAAGACAUUACCGCCAAAGAGGAAGAAGAGAUUGCAAAAAUCAGGAAUAAAUCUCGCCUUCUCAGAGACAAAGUAACACAAAUCGGAGAAGAACGACAUAGGAAGUUCGGGGAAGUGCUGAAAAGCAACCGUGACAAGAUGGAGCAGGCCGAGCAAGUAGUAGCGACCGUCAAUGAAUUGAUGCGGCAAGCUGACGACUUUGAGCUUUUGGACCUCAAACCGAAGGUGAUGCAUAACCUGGACUUCCAGAAGGAGCUCAAAUUGGAGCAUGUACAGCAUGAGCUCUCAUUCAUCGGGGUCAAAUGGCAAGAUGUCGUGUCAGAUACAGCCCUCGGGGAAGUACUUCAGGAGGAAAAGUGGCAGUUGAAAAAAGAGUUUGGUAAGUGGGGGCCGGAAGUUGGAGAAUUUCAGUGUGCCGCAGGCGUCGCGUGUCGAAGCAAUGGUGACAUUGCCGUGACAGACAUAACCAAACGGCAGUUGAUGAUUUUUACUUCUGCUGGAGAGUAUAAAUCUAGUGUUGGUCGGGACAAGUUGAAUGACCCCUGGGACGUUGCUGUGACCUCUGACGACUUAGUUCUGGUCACUGAUGAAAAUCAUGUAAAUGUGUUUGACUCUAGUCUAAAAUUCACGCACCGGUUCGCACCAUCACAAAACAAGGAAGACGUUGAUACAGAGAUUGAUCUUACUGGUAUCGUUAUGGACAAGGAGAAUCGGAUAGCAGUGGCAGACAGAGGGAGAAGGCUGAUAUCUCUCCACCAUCUGGAUGGGUCCUUGAUUACAACCAUUCCAAAUGACAUGGUCGGUGGUGGUUUGGCCACAGGGAUCAGGGAACGCUUGAUCUUCACAAACUACCAGGAGGCCAAGUUGAUGUGCACUACCUAUACGGGAGAUGAGGUGUUCAAUAUCAGCACUUCACUUGACGAUGAACCUGUACGACCCUUGCGCGUGUGCUGCGAUGAUGCUGGGGAGAUCUAUGUUUCUGUUCGUCUCGAAAAAGAUGAAGGCGGUGAGGUGCACCAUUAUUCACCCGAAGGGGUAUUCAUUGGGCGGGUGGCUCGCGGACUUGACUUGCCCAGGGGCUUGGCGUUCACGCAAAGCGGAGACCUCGUCGUGGCUGAUAAAAACUCAGUCAAAAUUUUACAACGUGUGUGAGCCAGAAGCUGUCUUGUGAUUGAACAACUAUCUGCCGAAACUAUACGCGAUAUGCUAACAUCGGAUUGACGCAAACAGUGUGCAAUUGACGCUGACAAUUUGUGACGACUCAGCAUCAUGUUCCUUUCUGAAUUAAAAUGAGAAUCUUUCCGACAUCGAGACGCAAAAAGGGAUGAUCGUUGCGUUUGGUUGUGGAUUCUAAAAUAAAAAUCUAACAGUCAAAAGCCAAUUUAUGAAGGUAUAUUGCAUGUGAGUUUUGUAUCAUUUUUAGAAUACCUCUUUUAAGUCGGAUAACCUAUAUAUCUAUCAUACAAACUUUAUUUCAUUCAAAUCGAUGCAUGAAGACAAACGCUAUGCUUCAUCGAACUCAAGGUUUAAAAAUCGCCUUGGGCCACUUUCCUUCAAAGUGAGAAAGCGCAGUUAGAUAAACACACAAAAGAUGUAUUUCUUUUGUUCAAGAUAGAGUAACGUGUGACUGAAUUAUUCUACCGGUUUCGUUCUACAAACUUGAUCAAUAAAAAAGUGGCCCAUUCAAGUGGUUUUUCAA